CUCGAUAUAAUUGACCUUCUCUCAUGCCUUCUUCCUUCGUUCCGAGGUGGUGACCGGCUAAAGUCUCGUGAAAGGGCUAGUGUUCCCGCUUUAUUACGCAUGUCUGGGUUGAAGGCGGAUUAUUUGAUUCGGAUCGAGUCGAGCCAGGUCCGGCUCAUCCAUUCCCGUCUAUUUCGUUCAACAAACUAUGGUAAGGCAACAACCAACCCGGCCUUUCAAUUGUUGAAAUGCACCAAACCAACCCUUUGUAGCAGCAACGCCAAAAAGCCUCGCAGAGACGUCUUACCCGUAGCGGCUGAGCCAAUAGCAGCGAACAGGAAGUUUGGAAGAACCGAUAGGGUCAAUGUAAUUGAGUCGUACAAA